GGGGGCGGGCGCGGAGGCGGCGCGGCGCGCACCGAGCCCCCGGAGCGGCGCGGCCGCCGCGGCGCAAAGUUAGCCCGGCGCCCGGACGGAGCCGCAGCCGCCGCCGCCCCCGGGGGGCCCCGCUCCGGCAUGGGCGAGCACCCCAGCCCGGGCCCCGCGGUGGCCGCCGGCGCCGAGGCGGAGCGCAUCGAGGAGCUGGGACCCGAGGCCGACGCGCGGCCGCCGGCGGCGCCCGAGGACCACUGGAAAGUCCUGUUUGAUCAGUGUGACCCCGGGAACACCGGCUACAUCAGCUCCGGCAAGUUCCGCAGCCUCUUGGAGAGCCACAGCGCCCAGCUGGACCCGCACAAACGGGAGGUGCUCCUGGCCCUGGCCGACAGCCACGCCGAUGGGCAGAUCUGCUACCAGGACUUUGCCAACCUGAUGAGCAACAAGCGGUCCAACAGCUUCCGCCAGGCCAUCCUGCAGGGGAACCGCCGGCUCUGCAGCAAGGCCCUGCUGGAGGAGAAAGGGCUGAACCUCUCCCAGCGCCUCAUCCGCCACGUGGCCUACGAGACCCUGCCCCGGGAGAUCGACCGGAAGUGGUACUACGACAGCUACACCUGCUGCCCCCCGCCCUGGUUCAUGAUCACCGUCACCCUGCUGGAGGUGGCCUUCUUCCUCUACAAUGGAGUGUCGCUGGAUCAGUUUGUGCUGCAGGUGACCCACCCACGGUACCUGCAGAACGCACUGGUGUACCACCCGCAGCUCCGAGCCCAGGCGUGGCGCUACCUGACGUACAUCUUCAUGCACGCGGGAAUAGAACACCUGGGCCUCAAUGUGGUGCUGCAGCUCCUGGUGGGGGUGCCCUUGGAGAUGGUGCAUGGAGCGACCCGCAUCGGGCUGGUCUACGUGGCUGGUGUGGUGGCAGAACUGGUCAGGCAUGAAGUGCCAAUUCAAGCUGCUGCGGAUGGGUGUGGCCUUGAUCUGUAUGAGCAUGGAGUUCGGGCGGGCCGUGUGGCUCCGGUUCCACCCGUCGGCCUAUCCCCCGUGCCCGCACCCGAGCUUCGUGGCACACUUGGGUGGCGUGGCCGUGGGCAUCACCCUGGGCGUGGUGGUCCUGAGGAACUACGAGCAGAGGCUGCAGGACCAGUCGCUGUGGUGGAUUUUUGUGGCCAUGUACACCAUCUUCGUGCUGUUCGCUGUCUUCUGGAAUAUCUUUGCCUACACCCUGCUGGACCUGAAGCUGCCCCCGCCCCCCUAAGGGCUGGAGGACGGAGAUCGGGGAGGGGAGGGAGACGUGGCAUCGGAAAGGAGCAUCUGGAUUCCGUUUUCUCAUCACCAGCUCAGGGAGGCCAGGAGGAAGAGGAUGAGACAUGCUGGGCGGACGGUGGAGGCUCUGUUCUGAAAGGCGCCUGCUGGAGGAGUUGGAUUGGCUGCUGCUGUUUUUCUAGACUCUUCCAAAGACAUCGGGCCAGCAGAGGCCUGGCGUGGGCUGAGAGGGGCUGUCCCUUUUGGGUGGGCCGAGAGCAGCCUCAUCCUCCACCCUGAGAGACCAUGGAGCAGGGGUGGGGAACCUCCUUACUGCCAACGGCCAUCUGGGUAUUUAUAACAUCAUUCACGGGCCACACAAAAUCAUCAACGUAAACAUCAGCCUGCUGCGUUUGGUCAAACAUUUGACUCAUCCGUAAUGCCUUGGCAGGGCCGGACGAAAUGUUUUCCCAGGCCUUAUGUGGCCCUCGGGCCGGACAUUCCCCACCCCUGCCAUAGAAUGUAAGGAAGGCCUGAGGGGCAGUGGCCAGGCAGGCCCUUGUCCAGCCCAGAGGUAAUGGCGGGCCAGAAAGUGUUCCCUCUGGAGCUCUAGGAGGGGAAGGGGGCCUGGUGUCGGACGUGUGGACGAGGCCAGGAAGCCCCGGUGACUUCCUGUGCCUAUAGGUGGGCACUGGGGUGUGGCCUCUAACGCCUGGGGGGGCAGAGGAGGGAGAUCCUAUAACUCCCUACCCUUGCCAUGGGGGUACCCAGCAAGAGGAACCCCAGCAAGAGGGAAUUCAUCCCUCGUUCCCCCUUGGGGAAGGCCCUGCUUGGGACUUCUCCCUCCCUCUCCCCCUGCAUGCUGGCCUCUCACACCAGGGCCCACAUCCCAUCCCAUGCCCUGCCUUGUCUCUGGAGCCCUGCCCUUCCGUUGCCCUGACCGCACAUCGGGCCUCUCCUUUGGUUGUGGAGACUGUUCUGAUGGUGAGCACGUGGUGUGGUGGGUGGAGGUGCCCGUGUGAUGGGAAAAACAAUGGGGCGAGUUGGAGUCCCCAGAGGAAGGCUGUGAGGGGCAGUGGGCGCCUGUGGACGCGUCUGCAUGAGAGGAAGGAAGGGGCUGAGAGGUAGGGUGUUGUGGUUCCUAAGGAUCCUGGCGUUUAGCAAAGCCUGCCUCUGCUUUUCCACUCCCCGGGCCUCCCAGGCGUCCCCCUGGGGAUCACUGAGGCUGGGGGAGGGGUCUGUGGAGGGAGGACGGCCCCUCAGGAUGCUGAGGUUUCCUCGCCUUUGCCAGCUCCUGCUCGGGCUCCCUCUGGAGUGGCCUUCAUACUGAGAAGAUUCUGUCCUGUCUCCCUGUGGAAGGAGGAGCUUGGGGUGCAACAGAGGCUGGCAGGAAUAUGGAGGCCACGUGACUUUUGAGUUCAGGGGGACGGGAGGCUGCAGCAAAAGGAAUUCCAGUUUAGGUGGAGACCUAGAGAGGAAUUGUUGGGGGCGUGGAUGUGCGUCAGAGGUGAGGCAGCUGUAGCGCGGGUUCUCAGAGCGAGGAGGGAGCUGGGAGGUGUUCACGUCCAUCCCCACACCCCUUUCACAAGGGAAUGGCCUCCGGGCGGCAGGAGCUGGUGCAGGCCCCAGGGAAGGUGGGAGGAGGGCUUUUGACAAAAUGUCCUCUCUUUAUACUGCUCUCGAGACUCCCAACCACUGACAGCCCCGCAGGAGGAAGAAGCCAGGCUUGGGUUCCUGCAGGAACAAGCGCAGGAGUGUAGGGACUGCCUCUGCCAGCCACUGGCCCAUGAGAGCCACCCCGAGGCUCGAAGUCAGCCGGGCCGGACAUUUGGGCGUCUUGGGCCACAGUGGCUUCCGUCCCCAGUCAUCACACACAAAUGGGCACGGUCUCUCCACCCAGGUCACCCACACCCAGCCCGUCUCCGCCUUCGCCCACUGCUAACGAGGCUGUCCGCAUGGCGCAAAAGCUCAGGCUGCACUUGCGCCAACUCUGCUGAGGACGGCCCGCCCAGGCGGCUGGGCUGCGUUGCCCUGAGGGACCUUGUCUGUGCCCUGCCAGCCCCUCUGCCUCCGGAGGGAAAGGUGUAGCUGGAAGGGUCGGUCUUGGGGAGAAGAGACGGAGCUAGAGCCGGGGAUGAGGAGAUGGGUGAGGAUGGCAGAGGGGGCUAUGGCUACUGCUAACUGUGCGUGCAUGGAGCUGACCCUCCUGGAGCGGCAGAGGCAGCUGUCGCCUGCUGGGGAGCAGGGCUUUCUGCCAGGCCCUCUCCCAGCCCCUGGAGGUUCUGGGUUGUAGUUUGAGGGAGCAGAGAGCUCCCCCUCCCUCUGCCUUUGUCUGGUGUGGCGUGGAGAGGGGCCUUCCUCUCGCAGAAGUGACAAGACCAUGAACUAGAUUCUACAAAGCCCUCCAGGGGCAUCCAGUUCCCUGGGGCUUAGGAUGGAAGCUGUUUGGGAGGACUGCCCUCGGUGGGAGUCCCACCCACAUCCUCUGAGGCCUGGAGCAGCUCAGAUUGCCCCAUCCUCACCCUCCAUCCUCACCCCCCAUUCAGCCCCUGUCCCCACCCCCGGAUCCUCACCGUAGGCCCCAGCCCAGCCAGUGUCAGCUGCUCCCUGUCUGCUGAGUGUCGAAGGGCAACUCAGAAGUUCUCUGGUCUGCUUAACAGCCGUCUCCUCCAGCCUCUCCCAGCCAUCCCUUCUCCGCAGGGCCAUCCAGUGGUGACUGUCACUUCCCCGCUACCCAGGUCUCUAACCCAGGGGCAGGGCUUUCUCCUCAGCAAGUCCCUUUGUCCCCGGCUCCCAGCACCCUGCCAGCAGCAUGUUUCCCUCCUUCCUCCACCACCGUUGGCCUCCAGGCCAGUGCGGCCGACACGUGAGGGUGGUGUGGAUCUCCCGGCCACGGAGCGAAGCCGGGUUUGCACCUGCAUGAGGCAGAAAUUGAAACCUGGGGACUCUCUCAGCAGCAGCCACAGACCCACUCACUCCUCCGGAAGAGGAAUCACAGAAGCGGCGGGGGGGGGGGGGGGGGGGGGGGGCAGGGAACAAACUUUCAAAGGAGAAAUUUCGCUUUAAUGACACCAUUAGUCAUUCGUUUUUUAAUUAGGAAAAGCUCCCUAAUGAGGCGUAAUAGGACUCUCCAUUUCCAUGAGAACCGCUCCUGCCCGGGGGGAUUAGGAGAGUCAUUGCUCACCAGGCCCAGCCUUUCCCCUGCGUCCAAUUUCAUUUGCAAAUAAUGCAGGUUCCCCAGGUGGCCGGAAGCCCCUUCCUGGCACCGUGCUCCCAGGGCUGGCUGGAAAGCACAGAUACUCACUCCUCUGCCUUAAAAAACUGCCCAACGCUCAGCUCUGCCCUCCCCACUCCCCCCAAGGAAGUAAGUGGAAAACAAACAAGAAACCAAGCUGCAAUGUUUGUUUCUAAAUAUUUUUGUAUUGUGUACAUUCUGUAUAUUUUUGUUGUAACAUAUUAUUUGACCACAGAUUCCAUUAAAGAUUUGUUUUUUUUAAGCCA